AUGAGCCCGUCGUUCAAGUACGCGAACGAGCGCCGGCUCAAGAACCUCAGCUCGUUCGAGAUCCUCGGCGGGGACAGCAGUGAAGACUCGUCGGCCGACUCGGACGCGGAGCUCCACGGCGACGAGAAGCCACGGUCGUCGUCACCGCCACUGCGCCCGUCCUUGCCGCGGGACCCGGAUACUUUUGACGACCGCACCGCAAGCGCGCCGAUGCCUCGGACACACGACCGCAAGGGCCGGAAUCCGAUCGGGAAGCUCGGGCGUGCGGUGGGCGGUGGCAUCUCCAAGGUCGGCCGCAGCAUUCUGCCGAAAGGCAAGAAGGGCGCAGCGUAUGCCACGGCGACCGCCGGCGGGUCGGCCGAGAACCACCACUACAUUGGCGGCUACUUGCACAAGAUCAGCGACGGCAAGUGGAGCAAGCGCGUCUGGCACACGCGCUGGUUCGUCCUCGACCUCGAGCGCGGCGUGCUCUCGUACUACAAGGCGAAUCCGUCCGCGAGCAUCAACUCGCCGCACGGCUCGGUCGCCUUUUACGACGACCUCGACCUGCACCUGCACGUUGGCGACGACGCGCGCGCAUCCCACCAUCACCACCCGGUGGUGCACAAGCCGCACCCGUGGUUCCGCGGCUGCAUGGACCUCAACCAGACCAACGUGUCGCUCUUGUUUGAGAAGCAGUUUGCGCAGAACGCACCCAACCAAUAUUUUUUCCAGGUCUCGAAUCUCAGCAUUGGCGAGUCCGAAUCCAAGCGCGGGUCGCAGUACAAGCUCUGCGCCAACACGGAGGAGGAGUUUAUGCAGUGGACGAAUGCGAUCGCCGACGUCAUCAACCGCAAACACACGACCGGCAAAGCUGAGCCGCAAUCCAACUUGUCGAUUCAGCAAAUUUACCGACAGCGCCUCCAAGAAGCGUCCAUCCACGAAGCGCUCGAGGAAGCACCAAUAGGCGACUGA